GCGUUUCACGUAAAAUGACGCAGGGCGGGGGCGUGCCCGCGAUGCGCGCUGCGCAAGGCUGCUUGUUGUUCCCGCAGAGAGGCGAGAAGAUGGCGGCCGUGUCAAGCGGAGGUGCUGCUGGGUCCGCUGCGGCCGGGAUUACGCACUCUGCCCGACCGACCCACGCAGUGAUGGGCUCCCAGAACCGAGCCCAGCCAUCCUCCGGGAUCAGCCACUCCGGUCGUACCAGCACGGCCACCGGGUGCAUCACCAAUCCUGGCCACACUUCGGCCACCAGGCCCCCCCCAGCCCGAGUGGGCCACUAUGAAAUCGAGCGGACCAUCGGCAAGGGAAAUUUCGCGGUUGUUAAACUAGCCACACACAUCAUUACCAAAGCAAAGGUGGCUAUAAAAAUAGUGGAUAAGACCCAGCUGGAUGAUGAGAACCUGAAAAAGAUCUUUAGAGAGGUGCAAAUCAUGAAGUUGCUGAAGCACCCCCACAUCAUCCGCCUCUACCAGGUGAUGGAGACGGAGAGGAUGAUCUAUCUGGUAACGGAGUACGCCAGCGGUGGAGAGAUAUUCGACCACCUGGUGGCUCACGGGCGCAUGGCGGAGAAGGACGCCAGGAAGAAGUUCAAGCAGAUCGUGGCGGCGGUGCAUUUCUGUCACUGCCGCAACAUCGUCCACCGAGACCUGAAGGCCGAGAAUCUGCUCCUGGACCACAACCUCAACAUCAAAAUCGCAGAUUUUGGCUUCAGUAACCUGUUUUCUCGAGGCCAGCUGCUCAAGACGUGGUGCGGCAGCCCUCCCUACGCCGCACCAGAGCUCUUCGAGGGCAAGGAGUACGACGGGCCGAAAGUAGAUAUAUGGAGCUUAGGUGUGGUGUUAUACGUGUUGGUGUGUGGCGCCUUGCCUUUCGAUGGCAGCACUCUACAGAAUUUGCGGGCACGUGUCCUCAGCGGCAAGUUCCGCAUCCCCUUCUUCAUGUCCACAGACUGUGAGUACCUGAUCAGACACAUGUUAGUCCUGGAGCCCAGCAGACGGUUGACCAUGGAGCAGAUCUGUAAGAACAAGUGGAUGAGACAAGGAGACCCAGAUCCAGACUUCGACAGGUUGAUAGCAGAGUGCGAGCAGGUGAAGACGGAGAGAGAGACGGAGCUCAUCAACGAGCAGGUGCUGAUAGCCAUGUCGGAGAUGGGCCUGGACCGAGAGCGCACGCUUCAGUCCCUACAAACAGACGCAUACGAUCACUACAGUGCCAUCUACAGUCUGCUGGCUGACCGCCUCAAGAAACACAAGACCCUGCGUGUUGCUCAGCCCACGCCGCGCUCCAUAAGCUAUCCCCUUAAUGCUGUACAGACGGAUCCGCAGGGUAAUCCCGUUAGCAUGACCGUUCCUCACGUCCAGCUCAUCAACCCGGAAAACCAGAUUGUUGAGCCGGACGGCAGCAUGGCACUGGACAGUGAUGAAGGCGAGGAGCCGUCUCCUGAGGCCAUGGCUCGCUACCUUUCAAUGAGGCGGCACACUGUGGGUGUACCAGACCAAAGGACAGAGAUGCAAGAGGACCUCCAGAAGCUGCCACCGGGUUUCCCACGCGGUGCCGUGCCCCAGCCCCCUUUCCCCCCUCUGGCCCCCACCAUGGGCCAAAUGCACACUCUCAUGCCCACACAGAGCCUGCAGCCCACGCAGCAGCUGGAGUACAAGGAGCAGUCGUUGCUGCAGCCCCCCACUCUCCAGCUCCUCAACGGCAUGGGGCCUCUGGGUCGAAGAGCUUCCGACGGCGGGGCUAACAUCCAGCUACACGCUCAGCUCCUCAAGAGGCCCCGGGGGCCCUCGCCGCUUGUCGCCAGCCCGCACCCUAUCCCCGCAGUAGCUCCGGUGGACGAGGAGGGAUCGGACGGAGAGCCAGACCAAGAGGCGGUACAGAGGUACCUGGCGAACCGCUCCAAGCGGCACACGACGCACGCGCUCACGAGCACAUCGCAUGGCGAGCCCUCGGCAGAGUCGCAGCGGCCCCAGGGCCCCCGCCAGAGGGGGGGCUGGUUGGCCCCCGACACACACACCCGAUCCAGCUAUAAGGACUGUAACACCCUUCAUCUCCCCAUGGAGCGCUUCUCACCUGUCAGACGGUUCUCUGACGGCGCCGCCACCAUCCAGGCCUUCAAGGCUCAUCUAGAGAACAGCAGCCUCAUUAAGCAACUUAAACAGGAGUGCGAGCAGCUUCAGAAAAUGUACGCCGCCCAGCAGGAUGAGCGGCUCCUGGAGCACACCCAGCAGCAGCAUGUCCUCUACCAGCAAGAGCAACAAAUCCUCCACCAGCAAAUCCAGGGUCUGUCUUUAGGCCAUGGAGAGAGCCAGCCUAGUCACCUAACCCACCAGCUCCAGAGGUUGCGUAUCCAGCCCUCCAGCCCUCCGCCAACACAUCCCAGCAACCACCUCUUCAGACAGCCCAAUCAGAGCCCUCCGCCUGGCUCCGCAGGCUUAAUGCAAGGGCACGGAGGUCCGUCACCAGUGCAGUACCAGCACGGUGCUCCAGCGCUGUACCAGGGUCAGAGUGGCAGCCCUCCCCCCACCGGCCUGCCCCGAGUCGCUCUACCGACCAAUCAGCAAGCAGCGUCUGCCCGCCCCACCGUCCCAUUGGCCCAGGGUGUACCUCAGCAACAGCAGGUGACCAUUCAGGUGCAGGAGGUGGAGCUGGGAGGUGGGGCGCAGAGACAGGGCAGCUUUCUGUCCACGCCAGGUGGACACCGAGUCCUCGGGAAGCAGCUGAGUGCCGACAACGCCGAGAUGCACAGUCGCAGCCUUGGCCGCUUCACGUCGGGCUAUGAGCAGGCCCAGUUCAAUCCCCACCUCUUCUCUGGCGACGCCGCAGCCGCCGCCGCUGCUGCUGCUGCCGCCGCCGCCGCUGCCUCCUCCCGGGGCGCCUCCGGGGUGGUUGGCUCUUUCAGCCCCUACCUGCAGGGAGCCUCCCUCAAAGUCCCCGGCCUGGAGGGGUACCAGAGCGGGGCAGUGGGCACCGGCAGCUACGGCACCCCCUCCACACUACAGCAGGCCCUGCUCUCCCCGACUCCUUUGGACUACCGCCCCCCGCAGCAGCACGUCACUCCCACCCUGCAGGGCCUCCUGUCCCCCCGCCACUCCCUAACGGGCCACGCCGACCCCCGGCUGCCCCCCCAAGACCUGGCCGCCCUGCUGAAGAGGCAGAGCCCCCGGCCGUGCCCGGCGCCCCCCACGCCGCCCAGCGGUCCGCCCCAGGAGUACGGAGAGAUGCUGCUCCUCCACCAGCUGAGCCAGGGCGAGAGCUUGGAGCCGCCGGCGCCGCAGGGCGCCUCCGGAGGCCAGCACUACCUCCACCUCCUCCAGAUCCGACCCCCGGAGGUGCAGCCGCAGCAGCACCCGGCCCAGGCGCCCUGUCCCAGCUUACCUCACUCAGAGAGCAUGGAGGAGGACGAGGUGCCGGCCGGCUACCACCACCCACACGAGGGCCUGCUGGCUAAAGCAGGAGAAGGUCACGAGCUCCUGGGCCCCCCCAGAGGAGGCACCCCCCCCUACAGCUCCCCCACACACAGGCAUGGCGGCUACAUCAGGACUGCUCCGGCUACCAGAGAACCUGAGCAUGUGGAGUGCAGGCCCCCGGGGCAGGCCAUGGAGGUGCCUGACCACAACGGCGUGGGCUACUCACGAGGUCCCCAGGGUGACGCCUAUAGGUCCCGUGGACAGCUACAGCGCCACCACACCAUCCAGACCUGUGACGACGCCUACGACCAGGCAGAGCCCAUGUCGGGGAUGAGCCUGUUGGCCGGGAAGGCGUUAAGCUCCGCUCGCAUGUCGGACAUCCUCAGCCAGACGUCGCUGACGGGAAGCCAGCAGCUGCACCAGCGGGAAGAAUCGGUGUGCGACGUCGAAGGGGAGCUCCACGCGGCGGCCUGCUACCCCUCCUCCUGCACCAGUGACAUGCUCCUCAGCUACAAACCCCCUGACCUGCAGUACAGCAUGGAGCAGGCCGGGGUUUAGCACAGGAAAAGGUGUAUCCUGUGUACAGCGGUCCAUAUCAGCCAUCCUGAGUUGUGUUGACUUGAGUUGAGCAGCAUCACGCCAAACCACCGUCGUCUGGGGAGGGGGAGGGAGAGGAGGGGGGCACUCUACGUCCAUCUGCCCCCCCCCCCUCACUCCAGGAGGGCAGCGGGAGAGAGAGAGGGAGAGAGGGAGGGAGGGAGGGAGGGGGUGAGGGUUCAAAGGUCAAAGUGCCAGCAUUUCCUGCACAGACAUCCAGCAUUCACCGCCGCGGGUUGUCUCCAUCUUUUUCACCUCCCAUCGUGGUUCCACUCCUCUCCUCCCUCCCCCUCCUCCUCCCCCCUCACCCCCCCCCACCCAUCCUUUAUUAACUGUUCUUCAUUACGUGCCUCAUCGGCAUCGAUAACAGUCGAGUCCAACGUUCACACUGCUGCCACAAACCCAAAGUAUUCACAUCAGGCACGACUGUGUGUGUGUGUGUGAUUGUGAUUGUGUGUGUGCUAGAAGAAGAAGGUGUGAGGUGGGGGGUGGGGGGGGGUUCAGGCUCCUCCCUCCUCUUCCCCUCCCUCCUCCUCCUCCUCUCCCAGAUCAUUCCCGGGGUGGGCUGAAAUCUCGAUGGCGGCGGCGUUUUCUGUUGUUUUUUUUUCGUGGCCGGUGGCCGGCCGAUGGCGGGGGGGUUUUUGGUGGUGGGGGGGGCAGCAACAAAAAACGCUCUCUCUCUCCAAAGAUGGAGCUCAGUGACAUCGCACAGGACAAACCAGCUCUCAUUGUUUUUUGUUUUUUUGUUCUGGCAUUCAUUUUCUUUUUUUAAAAUUUUAUUUUAUUUUAUUUUGAAAUUCAUUUUUACGGCUAAUGUCCAUGAAGGCAUUACGGUCAAUAUUGUUACUCUUAUUGUUAUUACUGUUUUCUGUAAAAGAAGUUUUAUUAUAAUGAGUAUAAUUAUUAUUAUUAUUAUUAUUAAAGGAAAAACUGUUCUGUGUUGCAAGGAAGACGACGUUGUUCUGAUUACUUAAGUAAUUCUGCACUUUCGGUUCAAGCUAUCCUCUCUCCGUCUGUUUCCACCCCUCCUCGCUCGCUCUCUCGUCACCUCCACCUUGUGUUUUACCCCCCCCCCAAUGUCAGUGACAGUGUGUUGCAUUGUGGGUAGUUUUACCAGACAUUUUGCUCCUUUUCCUUGUACAGUGAUGCCAUGUAUAGAACGCUAUCGCAGUUUCUGUAUCAAAUCUUUUCUUUCUUUUGUUGUUUUUUUUUGUUUUUAGAUGUUGUUCAGGAGGCUUUUUUUAUAUUGGUAUUGUUUAUCAUUUGUAUUUUUUGGAUGUCUUCAAAGUGUUUUUUUUUUUUUUUUUUUUUGUUUUGAGAUUUCUAGCCAAAAGAGGACAGAGAGAAGAGAGACAGCGCUCUCUCUGUCGCGUAAAAAAGAUUGUUCUUAUUUGUUUUAAUAUUAUUAUUAUUAUUAUAUCGAGACACUUGAAUAAGAGGAGAGUAAUUAUUUUGUGUUGCUCUUUAAAAAAAGUAUCAUUUCAGUCGUUGAUGUUGUUGUGACUGUCGAUUAUUGUUGAUGUUUGGGGGCCUGUUUUUGUUUUUUUUGUUUUUUGUUGUUUUUUUUUUCUGUUGGACUCUGGGUAGGGAGGGGAGGGGCAGUAGUUUUUUUUUUCGCAUCAGGCUUUCGGGGCUUCGUCUGGGUCGGCUCGGGUGCUACAGAGACUUUGAGGAAAAAAAAACAUAAAGAAGAGAAAAGAAAACGUAAAAGACAAAAAAACAAGGGGAAUAACUUGUAUAAUAGCUGACAUAUCAUCCCUAAACAUCACAAGCGUGGAGACGGACAAACCCCACUACUCCCUGCCUUUCUGCUGUGAUCUUCCCAGCAUCUUUGACGACGACAUCGACGACGUCGGGCUUCUGAUCUGGAUGUUACUAUGGCAACCGCGGAGGAAUCUACAUCUACCAUUACUGUUCCCCUCUUUCUUUUCGUCAAACUUGGCAGCCGGGACGGGAUUUUGGUUUUUUUUUUUUUUUUUUUUUUUUUUUUGUUUUUUUUUUUUUUUUUAGAAUGGUGAAAUUAGUCGGAUAUACACCUGGACUGGACGCACCUCCAUCCAAACAACUAAAAAAACAAACAAACAAACAAAAGGGAAACAUUUCAGGAGGAGGUGGUGACUCAAACGAGGGUCUACUGAGAUCUGGAGACCGCACACCUGGGGGGUGGGGGGGAGUGACCACAGCAGAGGAAUCAAACCCACCUCCCGCCCUCCCUGUUUUUUCUUUUUAUUUAUUUUAUUUUGCCCUCUAGCUACCCUCUCAUAUACAACCUCCACCCACCGUCCCUGGAUAUCGAGUCUAUAUCAAGGCCAGCAGAAGAGACUGGUGCAAAGACAUAUAGGCCAGAUUUCACGACUCCCCUCCCCCCCUCCUCCUCCCUUCUGGCUGCAUGGUUGACAUUUUGUUCGCUAAUAUAUCUGAGAGCCUUAGAUGGUGUCGUGCUGCAGCGCCUGUGCUUUCCAUUCGCGGCGUCGCAUCACUUCCUGUUUACCUCGAUCUCUCUCGCUCUCAUUUGUUCCUCUUUCAGAUCUACCACCCCCCCCACCCCCACCUCCCCUCCUUAUUUUCUCUCUUUGUUUACACCAAGCCAAAACUUAAGAUCUGGAAGAGAACGAACUGAGGAAAUGGCAGGAGUGGGAAGACCUUGCAUGUCUCUCGUGUCCCGCAACAGGAUAGAAACUCUAAAAUUAAAAGAGUCCCGGCACAGGAAGGGACGAGCCCGAGGUCGAAUGGAAAGCAGUGCACAUGAUUUCAGAGGUGAACGGGGAGGAGAGAGCUGCUUCACAUGCAUCUUCUGCCUGAUCGGACUGAACCCUCCUCCCUCCUCCUCCCUUCCCCUCCUCUUUCUUUUCCUCUCUAUCCCAGCCUCCCUUCUUCUCGGCAAGCCAGCUCUCUGCUCCACUCCUGUUUCUUAGGUUUUCAUUUUGUUUUUUUAUUUUUUUUGUCUUUUUUUGUUUUGUUUUGUUUUUAUGUUCAUUUCUGUUGAGUACAAAAAUACUAAAGUGCAACAACAAUGAUUAAAAAAGAAUAUCAACCAAACUGAGAUGAAUAAAUAAAUAUAUAUAAAUAAAGAAAUAAUUUAAAAAGGUCA